AUAUUCCAAUUGUCCUGUAAUUUCUCAUAUAUGUGUAAACAUAAUUGGAAUUACAUGUAUCCUGAAAUUCUGUCUAUAUAACUAAAUGAAAUUUUGAUUACAUGUAUCCUGAAAUUCUUUAUCUAAAUGAAAUUUUAAAAAAUCUUGAAUUUCUCUAUUUAAAAAGAAAAAUCUAGCCUCUUCACAACUCUGCACAAUAGUUGACGCAAAAAGUUGGAUUCUUCUUCCAUUCAUCCUUCUUUUGACUGUUUCACUGCAAUCAAAUUUUCUAUAGUAUCUACAUUGAAGACAGAGCCAUGUUCAAUACAAGGAAGCCAUGGUCCUGGCUUUUUCUUCUCAACAUCCUCUUCUCUUUACACUCCUAUACUUCUGUUGCAGCUCUAACUACCAUCUCUGCAAACCAAUCUCUCUCUGGUGAUCAAACUCUAGUCUCUGAAGGGGGGAUCUUUGAACUGGGUUUCUUCAAGACCGGUAAUUCCUCUAACUAUUACAUAGGCAUAUGGUACAAAAAAAUCACCCAGCAAACAAUUGUUUGGGUAGCCAAUAGAGACAACCCUGUCUCAGAUAAAAACACUGCCACGUUAAAUAUAUCAGCUGGUAAUUUAGUUCUAUUAAACAAGUAUUCAAAACAAGUAUGGUCAACAAACGUGAGUUCUCCUAAGUCAGGUUCUGUGGUAGCUAUCCUCUUAGAAUCUGGAAAUCUUGUUUUAGGAACUAAGCCUGAUGAUGAUGCAUUAGAUCUUCUAUGGCAGAGUUUUGAUUAUCCAACUGAUACAUGGCUUCCUGGUGGAAAAGUUAGGCUGGACAAAAUAACAAACCAGCCUCAAUAUCUUACUUCAUGGAAGAAUAAGGAAGAUCCUUCAACGGGUCUUUUCUCCUUGGAACUAGACCCAAAAGGAGCAGCUUCAUAUCUUAUUCUUUGGAAUAAGUCUGAACAGUAUUGGACAAGUGGAGCUUGGAAUGGUCAUAUAUUCAGUCUGGUUCCUGAGAUGAGAGCAAAUUAUAUCUACAAUUUUUCAUUUGUGUCGAACGAAAAUGAGAGCUAUUUCACUUACUCCUUGUAUAACCCUUCCCUUUUAUCUCGGUUUGUUAUGGAUGUCUCGGGGCAGAUUAAGCAAUUAUCAUGGUUGGAAAGUAUCCAAGACUGGGUCUUGUAUUGGUCGCAGCCAAGAAGACAGUGUGAGGUUUAUGCUUUCUGCGGUGCGUUUGGGAGCUGCACUGAGAACUCGAUGCCUUAUUGUAAUUGUUUGAGUGGUUUUGAGCCAAAGUCACAGUCUGAUUGGAAUCUGGAGGAUUUCUCAGGUGGGUGUAUCAGGAAAGAAAGUUUGCAAUGUGAGGGUUUCAAUCCCUCUAAUAGGGGUAAGGACAUGUUCCUUGCAAUCCCCAAUAUGGCAUUAUCUAAAAAUCCACUAUUUGUUGGUUCAGGAAAUGCAGCUGAAUGUGAAUUAAGCUGCUUAGAAAACUGCUCCUGCACAGCUUAUGCAUAUAAUAGCAAUGGAUGUUCAAUUUGGAUUGGAGACCUCAUUAAUCUGAAACAGUUGUCUUCUGAUGAUAGGAGUGGACUAACUUUGUAUCUCAAACUUGCAGCAUCAGAAUUUCGUGAUGCUAGUAAACAUGGUAUUAUUGGUGGUGUUGUGGGUGCGGUUGUUGGCAUAGGGAUACUCUUGGCGCUUCUAUGGUUUGUCAUGCUUAGGCAAAGAAAGAGAAUGCUUGUAAUAGGAAGGCUCUUGGAGGGUUUUAUGGUAGAAUUUGGGUAUAGAGAUUUGGAAAACGCGACUAGGAAUUUCUCUGAGAAAUUGGGAGGAGGAGGUUUUGGUUCUGUUUUCAAAGGAGCAUUAACUGAUUCAAGUAUGGUGGCAGUGAAGAAGUUGGAGGGUGUUAGGCAAGGAGAGAAGCAGUUCAGAACAAAAGUGAGUAUAAUAGGGACAAUGCAACAUGCUAAUCUUCUUCGCCUCCGUGGAUUCUGCUCAGAAGGUACCAAAAGGUUGCUGGUUUAUGAUUACAUGCCAAAUCGUUCCUUGGAUUUCCAUUUGUUCCAGAACAAUAAUUCUGAGGUGUUGGACUGGAAAAAGAGAUACCAAAUUGUUGUUGGAAUUGCAAGGGGACUUAUUUAUAUACAUGAGAAAUGCGAAGAAUGUAACAUACACUGUAAUAUAAAGCCAGAAAACAUUCUCCUGGAUGCUGAUUUUUGUCCAAAAGUUGCGGACUUUGGCCUAAAUAAGCUUAUUGGAGGGGAUUUUAACAGGAUCCUUACAACAAUGAGAGGAACAAAAGGUUAUCUUGCCCCAGAGUGGUUAUCUAGAGUUGCUAUCACAUCCAAAGCUGAUGUUUACAGCUACGGAAUGAUGCUUUUUGAGGUUGUAUCUGGUAAGAGGAACUCUGAUCCAUCUGCAGAUGGGCAAGUUACUUUCUUUCCUACGUUGGCUGCAAAAGUAGUUAUUGAAGGUGGCAGUGUCCUUACACUUCUGGACCCUAGGUUAGAGGGAAAUGCUGACAUUGAAGAGGUUACUGAAAUGAUAAAAGUUGCUUCUUGGUGUGUCCAAGAUGAUGAAACUCAGAGGCCAACCAUGCGUCAGGCAGUUCAAAUUCUUGAGGGGAUCCUGGAUGUGAACUUGCCACCAAUUCCAAGACUCCAUCAAGUGUUUGUAGAUAACUAAGAGAAUUAGCUCUUUCUAUAGUGACUCUUGCUCCACUAUAUGGUAAUGUAGACUCUCUUUCCAAGUUGGUGUUUUAUUCAAUUAAAAAAAGGUAUUUCUAAUAGCUUUGUUGCACUCACUAGUAUGAUACAGAGGGGUGGUUUGUGACAGAUUGCAGGUAAAAUUAGAGUUGACUAAUGAGCAAACAUUAGAUGCUGAAAAACAAAAAUUAAUUCUAAUUCAUUUAGAUUCUUAGCUAAUGUAGUUUAUCUAUGAAAUGGAAUAAUCUCAAUUCAAUAAGAUUUUUGUCAUUAUGGUUAUCACACGAUUAAAGGAAGUGAUGGGCGCAAUAAGAAAGGUUUGAAAAUCAGAUAGAGUUUAAAGGAAGAAGAAGAGGAAGAGAGCUUACCACUCCUCUGUAUCCUCUAUGAGCUGUCCACAAACUUGAUUUUUCUUUCUGUUUGAUCGGAAUUAGGGCGGACUCAGAUUCCGGUCCACCCCUAUUUGUAGGAUACUCUAUUUCUAAACAAUUUAUAAAUAUACAUAGUUAUAUAUGUGCAUGUGCAAA